UGAUGUGUUGAGUCUCACCGAUAAUAUUUGUAGCUUACAUGGGUCGUUUGUAUAAACAAAACGGAUCAGCAUAGCGUUUUUUGGGAAUUGUAAGCUAUGUCGCCUCGCGUGCGCGUUACUAACACACUGCAACGCUUUUGCCGUCGUUAUCAGCGCGUAUAAACGCGACCCGUUUAGCGUAACAGCGCCGUGCGGAGCGCUAAAUAAAGGCAUUUAGUGUCUGAUCGAAACGGAACUGACUGUUUGUGCUGCGAAAACAUGGCAGAGUUGCACGUUGAGCCCAGCUCGACUGGCAUCAUCGAGCAGACUGAGCAUUGUGAAAUCAGAGGCUCAGUGAACGUGAGACUCCCCUCGCCUACACUGCUGAUUCCGUCUCGGAGUGGCUUGUCCAGUCCAGGGGUCUCCGGCUCCAGAGCAGUGUUUGGGUUCCCUAUGAAGAGCAACCCCACUUCCCCAUCAUCAGAAGCCACAGAGAAGCCUGGUUCUCGGUGGGUUCGGCUGAAUGUCGGGGGAACCUAUUUUGUUACAACGAAACAGACCCUGUGCAGGGAUCCUAAAUCGUUUCUGUAUCGAUUAUGUCAGGAAGAUCCAGAUCUGGAUUCGGAUAAGGAUGAGACAGGAGCAUAUUUGAUUGACAGGGAUCCCACAUAUUUCGGACCCAUCUUGAACUACUUGAGGCAUGGGAAGUUGAUCAUCAACAAGAACCUCGCUGAGGAGGGUGUUCUAGAGGAAGCAGAGUUUUACAACAUUUUGUCACUUGUGAGGCUGGUGAAGGAGAGAAUACGAGACAAUGAAAACAGAACAUCUCAGGGCCCUGUGAAGCAUGUGUAUCGUGUAUUACAAUGUCAAGAGGAGGAGCUCACUCAGAUGGUUUCCACCAUGUCAGACGGAUGGAAGUUUGAACAGCUCAUAAGUAUCGGCUCCUCCUAUAACUAUGGCAACGAGGACCAGGCCGAAUUCCUGUGCGUCGUUUCCCGGGAGCUCAACAACUCCACUAAUGGAAUUGUUAUCGAGCCCACCGAGAAGGCUAAGAUCCUUCAGGAGAGGGGGUCCAGGAUGUGAGGAACCUGGUGCCUGAGCCCACACAGAUCUCCCAUCCCUCACCUCCUUUCUCCAGAUCCUCCUCCACCAUACAGCUGACUCCAAGUUCAUCAGCCCACCCUCCCCUCCUCCCUUGUGCCUUUCCACUGUGGGGGUUUCAGUCCCCCUCCUCCCUUCAGUGCUGCAGCAUUAACCGAUCAGCACCACCACUAACUAUCAUCACUAAUCGACUAAUUAAAAAUGUGUCCGAGGUUAAACCUCAGACCAUCACAUUUGAUGCAAGACCUGCUUAGAGAGAGGAUUACAGGGAAGGAUUCAUCAUUCAUCUUAAUGCUUAUUUAUGCAGACUUCAUCAUCAUCUUCCUCGUAUCCCGGUCAUUAUCAUCAUAAUCUUUACAGCUGCUGGCUUUAAAUGUUUUAAGGGGGUUCAGUUGCCCCUGUUGGCUCGGCUGCGUCCACAUGACCAUAAUUUCCUCAGGACUUCCAAAUAGUGUGCAAGAUAGCCUCAUUUCUCUGACCGUCAAUACAGCUUCUCAUAACACCCGCAUUCACUUACACUGUAAAUCAUUAGCAGCCUAAUGUCUAUCAUUUCAGCAUUAAUUUCCCAUUGCCUGGUCAGACCAAGAGCACAGCAGAUGGCACAACGGAAAAAACGAAGACCGCAGCUUUUGAACAUGCAGUAUUUUGUCUUCAAAACGGCUUGUUUCUUUUGUUAACUACCCAUUUACACAUCUGGAAAGGACCAGAGGAGAAGGGAAAACUCAUACUGCCAAUUGUCUGGUCAGAUGCUCCAAAUCGCGUGUCCGUCGCUGUGAAGAUGUCUCACAUUUCCGAUUCGCUCCGGUUGACUUCUGUCAUCCUGGAUUUUUUUCUAUUUUUUUGCCUUUGUCGCUGUGGAUAUUUCAAAACAGGAAAUAAAAAAAAUCAAAGAAAUAUGCGGUUUUAGGGCAUGUGAGGAUUAUGUAUAUUCAAACCAUAUGUAUUACGAAGAGGCCGAAUGCAAGUCAUGUAAUUGUUGAUAUCUGUACCAUAGUGGUCGUUUUUUGUGUUAAUCAAGAUGAGUUUCUCUCUCUGAUUGGGGAAGGUUCUGAAUCGACCCCUAAUGUAUUUUUUUUUAAAAAGCCUGGUCGCCGAGAUGUGAAAUAGUUUGUUGUGUUUUUCCUUUAAACACUUUGUCGAUGACUGGAAAAAAAAAAAAGAAAAGCCGGAGACUUUUUGUAUAGAGGUACAUAGUCCAGGUGGUUCAGGAGACUGUUGUUGGACAAAGUGCCCACUAGUUUUGAGUCAGUGCAAAACUGCAUUAGUGGCUCUUUGUUGCAUUUGUUGACACUUUUCUGACAUUUUAAAUUCUGAACUGACUCUCCCCGUAACAUUCUGGCUAUUUAACUGUUUAAACAAUUUCUGUUUAAAGUCUGAUCACGUCAGUUGAAUGUUUUUGAAUGUAUUUUGACACUUUUCGGACAUUUUCAAUUCAGAUCUAACUCUCCACCGUAACAUUUUGGGUAUUUAACAGUUUAACUUAUUUUUUGUUUAAAGUUUGAUCACGUCAGUGGAAUGUUUUUGAAUGUAAAGGGCUCCAUUUAUUAUGGAACAUUCUUGCCUUUUUUUUUUUUUCAUUUCAAAAUCUAAUAUAAUUUCCGGCAAAACAUUUUAUGUUUGCUUCAUUUUUACAUUGAAGCUUUGUCUUUGAAA